CCAUCCCGAAGGAAGGUAGGAGAAAAUAGUCUUAUUGUUGCAAAUAUAAUUAUGCUAUCAAGUGUGAUUUGCGUCCCUUUUUCUGGCAUUUUCUGUUAAAAUUGGAUCUUCCCGGCGCGUAUGCCUUUUUUCUUCGAUUUGGUUUAACUUUAUUUAAAAGGCAACAUUCCGGACAUUGUUUCGUAGUCGAUUCCUAGCAGUACAAGAUAGACCAUGUCCUCUUCGGUGAAGCACACAUUGUUGCAUUAGUCUUUAUAAUUUUCUAACAUCAAUCAUUAGUGGUUCAGUGAAUCUGGGUAGAAAAUCAACCAUACGACAAUGAAGGCAUCUAUUUCACUGGGUAUUAUUGUGCUGUUCUAUACGGUGGUGAUGAUUUUCGUCGAGGUGUUCGGUUCAGAGAUAAACGAUAAACGAUUAGUUCCAGCGGAACCAUUUCUUGCCCCAACCGCUUCGAUUCCAAAUAUUUCGAAGCAAAGCUCGAACCAUGUUCUGAAUGGAGCGAAAAUGUAUGAGCACCAGCAUGAAAAAAGAGAGGCUGUGACUCAGCCGAGUACGAUCGAAUCACUUCAGGCGGAUCUUCAACAGCACCUACGAGAUCGAAAGUUUUACGUCGGGGAACCACGGUAUAUAUUUCUGAGGCAACCGGAAUCAGAUGAUGAUGAUAUUGCCUUCAUUCCGCAAAGGGGAAGAAAAUCCGAUCAGGCAGCGUUGCUGGAGAAGAGAGAUCUUUCGAUCAGACAGAUGCUCGCCGGAGGUGAUUACUUUGUACCGAAUCGGGGCAAGAAACAGAACGGAAACGGUAUCACGAAGAAGAUUAAAUUUGAUGACAUUCUUGGUCCCGAUGAUUUUAUACCGAAUCGGGGAAAGAAAGAGUACUACAAUCCGUUCGUAUCAGCAUUCGGUCAGGGACGUGCGUUCAACGAUCUUCCAGCAUCGAUCUUGUCCAAGAAAAAUGUGCUAACCACCAUCCAGAAUGUCAGUAGCAAAGAGGGUAACCGCGAGGAACUGUUUUAUCCAACCCGUGGCAAGAAGAACAUUUUGGAUAACCUAUCUUCGAAUCAGGACACAUUUUUCUCGUCACGUGGCCGACGAAAUCCUAUCAUCUGGAGUAUACUGAGCGAAGAAUUGGAUCCGUGGGAUUACGGAAUCAACGAUGGCGAUGCCAACGAUGCCGCCUCAAUACUUGAUCGUUAUCAAAUUAACAAGAUAAUCCAGUGAAGAUGCAAGAGUGACAUCAACGCACCACAAAUGAACGGAGGACUGACGUGUUUCACGAAUUCAUUAAUCAGCUUGUUGUGGAGAAAUUGUUUUUUUUUCUUCUUCUUCGUUUCCCAAGAUGAUAAAAUAUUCAUAAAGAAGAUAGUUGGUAGAUAUUGAAAUAAAAUUAAAAAAUGCAAAUCAA